CGUCUUCAUUUUCAUGAAUAAUUCUCGGUCCGUUGAAGGACAAACUGCAAAUUGCGGACAGACAGGCAGACAGCCAAAUAUAACCCAUCCUCCAUCGAACCUACUAUCGGCAGUCCGCCAAAGCUCUCUCCUACUUCUCAGGAUAUUACUCCUUCUUUACAUAUCAGCUGGACACCAAAAACAAAGUGAAUGUCCCGCGGUCUGCCUGUCCAGCAACGGACGAUCAGGCGCCGUCCGAAGCAAGGGUCGCAGUCAGAUAGCGUUUCCAACGAGAGCCCACUACUACGACACAAACAGCUUUCUCAAGGAGCAUCACGUGGGUCUACUCCGGAGUAUGCGAAGCAACCAGCUCAGAGCGCCCCAAGCGAUGCGACACACCCCGACAGAUUCGUCUACAUCGAGACACUACGAUGCUGUCUGAUGCCGGUGCUUGACGCCGGUGUGGAUAAGGGUGCUGCGAAAUCGCCGAACACUGCGGGCAGUCCUGGGACCGGAAGCGGAGCCGUAGAAAGCGGGUCGAAGCCUUCGAGCCAUUUCAAUGCGGUACUUCUAGCCACCGGAUAUCUCCCGGCCAACGCUGUGACCCAAGCCGGAAGCGUCGAGAAGGGAGACACCAUCCAAUUGGGAGCAGCAACCCUCAAGACAUUCCGAAAACUUCUGCAAGCUCGGGUUGAAAUCUUUCUGUCGGCUAUGAAAGAUCCUCGCACACGGACGUUUGCAAAAGCGGGGAGUCGGAUGUUGAGGGAGCGAAUGCACGAUUCGAGCAAUCUUGCCCUUUUCGCAGAUGUGAGGGAUCUGAUUCUGGUCUUGGGGGCCUACAUCCACAAGGAACUGGAUGCGGGCCUGUCGCCUGAGGAUCACGACAAUUAUCUCUUGCUAACGUCCGAGUUGUUUCUGGCCGUGUUGCGGGAAGCUAUUCAGAAAGCUGAACCUCGGUCGACCGUUAUGAAUUGUCCGAUACUGAAAGAUCAGGCGCAGCUUCGGGUGGUGCUCAAGUCGUUCAUUAAACAUACGCCCAUCAGCGGAAACAGCUUGGAAUCGAAUCUCGCAGACUGGGCUCGUGUGGUGUUUGAAGUCACGAAGGAUGAGCAUCAGCGAGUCAUUGCUGACGUCCGACGAACAUGCAACGAAAGAUCCACCUUUGCCAGUCUCAAAGCUCACCUGGACUCAAUCAUAAAGAACGAGUGUCCGGGUUCGCGACCUUCAGAUUUCCAGUACAGGGAAGCAUACGAGGCGUGGAAGCACAGAGAGACACAAUUGCUACAAGUGAUUUUGCAGACGUUCAUGCAAAGAUUCCCGAACGCUGCCAAGCUCUCCACCGCCGGCGGAUCGAGGGUAGGUGGCGGCGUAGAUCCGGCGAAUCCACGGCUGUGCUACAGUGUAUUGCUGGAAACCUGUCUCAGGCAUGACAUGCAGAAUACGGCGCGGGACGAUGGGUCCAUUGGCCUAUCCAAAUCAUCCAUCGCGCUGCUGUCGGAAUGCGCCUUCCGGUGGCGCUUGUCGAAGGAAUACCGCGAUGUCGCUUUGUUCGACCUGAUGCUGUCGUUUUACCGUACUGGACAAAUUAUCGAAGAUGAUCUGUUUCCCAAAUUCAAGCAAAUAUCGAAAGCCGCCAACAACGUACGGGCCUGGAGAGUGGAAGACAAAAUGUACUACAUCUCGAUCCUGAGUAGACUGAGUGACGGGUUGCAUGAGAAGUUACGCAACUUUGCAAGUAUGCUGGGGUGGAAGGAAAAGACCCCGGAAAGCUGCAACAGCACUAUGCAGCUGAUUGCUCUUAUUCUGUCAACGCUGCGCGAGGAUAAAGCUUGGUUGAGCGAGCAUCCUGAAUGGGGUACACCUGGAAGGUUGGAGGAGUUGGUCAGAGAGGAGCUUCUCGAAGCUAUAAAUGCCCGAUACCGCGCAUGCAGUGAACGGGUCGCCAGCUUACCGCGCGAGAUCAUUCGGCUCACCAUAUCAGUGAAAGCCGUCAACAGCGACAUCACCAACUACCGCUUAUACUUCCGCGACCCCAUCUUCGAACUCAACAUCGUCUUGAUCGCUGCAGAAACAUGUUUGAAGUAUUUCCUGCUCGAAAUGGAGAAUAUGCGAUUCUCCCUGAAGGAUGACUUUGCCAUCGGGGAGAUGCUAGAUCUGUACCAGGCCGUGAAACUCCUGAAAGACGUGUCCGAGGAAUCCGAGUUACCUCUCGUGCGAAACUUCGAUGUAGAAUCGUGGUUCGCUCCGUUCAUCAGUCAAUGGCUGGCGCUGACGGACCAGAAGUGGCUGGAAUGGGCGAAGUCUGCAGUGGAUAUGGAAAAGUACGAGCCGUACAUGCCGCCGCUGUCGAUGCACUCGACGUCUGUGAUGGAUCUGUUUACGUGUUUCUAUGGGGGAUUGGACUUCAUCGACAAGCUCGACUGGAAAGAGUCCACGAAAAAGGAUCGCCUGGUCAAAGAUUUCGUGAAGAUGAUGAGCAAAUCGUUACAGGAGUACGCACUGAUGAUGUGGACCGAUUUCCACAAGAUCGACAAUGAAAACUCCGAUAAACCGUUUCAGUUCACACCGCAGUCGUGCAUAAAGCUCAACAACGUCGUGGCCGCGUUGUGCAAGCUCGAUGACAUUCUGGCGCGGCUGCCCUCAGGGGACAACCCUCGAUCGGUAUAUAUCUCAUCCCCUCCAGUCGGUCGACGACGGAACAUAAAUCGGAAAAACAUCAGCCGGACCGCUGAAAGGUUCGAACCGGAUGGGGACAAAUCGGUUUUCUCCGUAACCAUCAGCCGCGCCUCCAACCUGCCCGCGUGCGACUGGCCAGCAGCCACAUCCGAUCCAUAUGCCGUACUAGAGCACGCAGGCACCGAACUGCAUCGGACGCGUGUGAUUCCCAAAACGCUCAACCCCGCCUGGAACCAGACCUUCGAGCUCUUCGUUCCCAACUCGCUGCGUGACAAUGAGUCCUUUUUGGAUAUCACCGUCUACGAUCAUGAUGUUAUUGGGAAAGAUGAUGUUUGCACGGAGCCGGUCAGCAUCUUCCUGCGUGAUUCGAAGUUUGAGGACUUUUUGAGUCACGACUUGGAACUGCAGUUGAAGCCGCAUGGGACUUUAAACGUGAGGGUGUUGCGGCAUGGUGAGAUUGAUGAUAUUGAGUGGUGGGUGCGGAAGGCUGAGGAAGGUGUUAAGUAUGUGCUGGAAGAUAUUAUCCGUGUUUGCGCUGAACAGGGUAGCCAGGUCGACGUUUGGCACCAUUCUGUCUUCCAAUACCACGAGCACCGUAAAAUCUCUCUUCGGAAUACCCCUAUAUCUAUCUUCCAGCGGAAAUAAAGCCUCCGCAGGCGCCUCUGACGCUAUUCCCACGGUGCCCGCUGUUCUCAAGUCUCUUCAACCUUUCCUCGAGUAUUUGGAUGACACCUGCGGUCUUUUCAACGAGACGGUCGACCGACACUUGA